AAAUGGUCACACUGAGUAAUGAGAAUCAGACUCUGACCUCAGAAAACAACUGUCUGAAAAAAAGGCUUGAAAAAUUACUUUAUGAGCAACAGUACUCUUUAGAUGCAGCCUUUUCUCAACGACAACAAAAUGAGGCAGAUAAGCUGGGCCAUCUCCUUUUCGAGAAUCAACAACUAGCAUCCGAGAACAAGAGGCUGCAAGGUAAACUUGAUGAAGCCCUAAAUGUGCAACUCUGUGCAUUUGAGGCCCAUGCCUCUUACCAAAAAGACUUAAAUAAAACAAAUCUCAUUAAUGAAAAUUUGCAUUUCAUUUCCGAGAUCAAAAUGUUGCAGGACAAACUUGAAAAUGCCUUAAAUGAUAAACAGAAUGAUAUUGAUAAAAUCAACCAACUUGCUAAUAAAAAUCAAGAACUUGCCUUAUCAAACAAAAGUCUGCAUAAAGAGCUGGAAGAUGUCUUAAAUAAAAAAGAGUCUGUUCAUUUGGCCAACAUUUCUGAGCAAUGUAGAGAGAAAGAAAAACGGGCUUAUCCCACUAAAGACAACAGAAAACUGCAGACUGGUAACAAGUGCUUAAAAGAGAAACUUGAAGGGUCCUUAAAUGAGAGACUGUGUGUUAUUGAGACUGCUUCCUCUCAGGAUCUAACAGGGGAGAAUCAUCACAUGGCUUAUACUAACAGGAUUCUACAAGUUAAGUGUGACACUGCCUUAAAUACUUCUGAGGUUGGUGUCUCUCAACAGCCAGAGAACCCAGAUAAAAUGGACCACAAUAAUCUUGAAAUACAACAACUUAAUUCUGAAAAUCAGAUGCUGCAAGAGAAACUUGAGGAUGCUCUUCGUUGGAGACAGCAGGCUUAUGAAGUUGCUAAAAACCAGAAGCAAAAGGAUGCAGAAAAACACGAGUGUUUGACUCGUGAAAUCCAACAACUGGUUCUUGAUAAUCAGAGAUUGAAGAGCACACUUGAAGAAACCUUGAAUGAAAGACAAUGUUCCGUGGACACUGAUAAAAUACAGCAACUUAUUCAUGAAAUUGAGCAGCUGGCUUUUGAUAAUAAGAGUCUUCAAGCUAAACUUGAAGUUAAAUAUGCUGCCAACUCACAACAGCAGGAUACUGAAAAACUGGAACAUGUGACUAAAGAUGGGAAUAAGGUGGUGGAGGAAAAAUGUAAAGAUGCCCUGUUUGAGACGCAAUGUCCAAGAGGGGCAAGACCAAGAGAGGGACUUUGUACAAACAACAUUUCUCAGCAAGAGAAUAUUGUAAAUAAAGUAAAAUAUUUGAAUAACAAAAUCCACCAAUUGAUUUCUGAGAACAAGGUGCUGAAAGCUAAACUUGACCCUGCCUUGAAUGAGAGGCUGCUUAUCAAAGAGUCUGUGAAAUUACAGCAGCAGGAAGACUUUAAGGAAACUUUAGAGAGUCUAACAAAUGACAACCAACGGCUGAUUAGUGAAAACAAGAAGUUGCAGUGUAAAUUAGAAGAUUGCCUUAAUGAGAAACAGCAGGUUGACAGGGACUAUCAGCAUAAAGAAGAUCAAAUAACCCAACUUAACAAGGAUAUCCAGGAACUGGCAAUUGACAACAAGAACCUGCAGGGUAAACUUAAAGAUGUUCUUAAGGAGAGACAACAAAUCAAAGUAGCUGCUGAUUCAAUACGGCAGAAGGACAAACAGGAACUGGAGAAUUUGGCAAAUAAAAUGAAAUAUAUAGCUUCUGAAAAUGAGAUGUUAAAGAAAAAGGUUGAGGUUGCUUUGAAUGAUAGACAACCAACUCAAGAAGUGGCUGCGUUUCAUCAUGAGGAUAUUGAUAAAAUAAAACAUCUAACUGAAGAAAUCCAGCAAAUGUCUUCAAAGAAUGAAAGACUAAAUGAAAAGCUCCAAAUCCUUGUUUCAGAAAACAAGAGGUUGCAAAGCCAACACGAGAGAGGGUUAAAAGAAAAGCAGUUUGAUCAUGAGGCUGCUGCCACUCAGCAACAGAAAGAUGAAAAGAAGAUUUGUACCCUUUCAAGUGAAAAACAACAACUUUCUUUUGAAAACCAGGGUUUAAAAGACCAGCUCAAGCAUUCCAAGGAAGCUGCAGACUCGCAGCAUCAAAGGGACAUGGAAAGGUUGGAGCAUCUGUCAAAUGAAAUCAAACAACUGGCAUCUGAGAAAAAUGGUUUACACUGUAGACUUGAGGAUGCCUUGAAAGAAAAACAACUUAUUCAUGAAGCUGCUAUAUCGCAACAUCAAAAUGAUUUAAAGGAAAUACAUUAUCUGAAAUCUGAAUACCAAAAACUAAAAGACGAAAGACAGCAUUCCACUGAGGUCGCUGCUUUACAGCAGGAGGAGGACACAGAAAAAAUCGACCAACUUACUAACACAAUCAAGGAACUUACUUUGAAUGUCAAAACGUUAGUUUCUGAGAAUGAGAUGCUAAAAGGCAAUCUUCACAGUGCCUUAAAAGAAAGGCACUUUGAUGAAGAGUCUGUUGCCUCUCAGCAACAGAAGGAGAACGAGGAGAUACAUAACCUUACUGAUGACAUUCAGCGACUAGCUUCUGAAAAAAGAAGAUUACAGGACAAACUUGAGGUUUUCCAAAGUGAGAGACAGCUUUUUAAAGAGACUGUUGACUCGCAGGAACAGAAGCAUGCAAAGGAACUGGCCAAUUUGAUUCAUAAAAACCAACAACUAGCAUCUGAAAACAUGAGUUUAAAAUGUGAAAUAGAAAAUUGUCUGAGCAAUAUCCAGGAGGCAAAAGAAGCUUACGCCAUUCAGCAUCAGAAAGACAAUGAUAAAAUUAACCUUCUAAACCUAGAGAACCAAAGUUUGGUCUCUGAGAACAAGAGGCUGCAAGGUAAACUUCAGGACGCACUGAAUGAGAAACAACGUGUAAAUGAGACCGUUGUCUCCCAGCAGCAAAAAGAAACAGAAAAACUGGACCAUUUGAAAGAGGAAAUACAAACUCUGGCAUCAGAGAAAAACAGACUAGAAGAAGAACUGAAAUAUGCCCUGAAUGAAAGACAAUUUGCUGAAAAGUCUACUAACCCACAAGAGCAGAAUGAAUUAGAAAGAAUGCAAAUUCUGACCAGUGAAAUCCAUCUACUGGAAUGUGAGAACAAGAGGUUAAAAUGCCAACUUAAAGAUGUGCUGAGUGAGAGAGGGGGUCCUAAUGAAACUGCUUACUCGGGACAGCAAAUAUUUGAAGAUAAAGACAUAAAACAGGCCUUUAAGAAUAUCAUGCAUGAUGGAAAACCAGAGGACACCCUUUAUGAGACACAAGGAAUAGAGAAAAAUGAAAGACAGCUUGCCAAAAGCACCUCGGAAGAACAGCAGCAGAUAACGGAAAAAAUGCAAUAUCUGACAAAUACAAUCAAGCAUUUGGCAUCUCAAAAUGAGCAGCUACAACAGGAACAAGACAGUGCCCUUUACGAACAACAACAUGGUAAUGAGGUCGCUAUCGCACAUCAGCAGAAAGAGCUGGAAAAAUUGAAAAGUCUUUCUAGUCAAAACCAACAACUAAUCUUUGAUAACCAGAUGCUACAGGACAAAGUUGAAGAUGUUCUGAAAGAAAAACAACUUUUUAAAGAGGCUUCUGAUUUCCAAGAGCAGAAGUAUGCCAAAGACCUGGCCAAUUUGGUCAAAAAUAACGAACAACUCACUAUUGAAAACAAGAGUUUACAAGUUAAAAUCGAGAAUCUCCUAAAUAAUUUCCAGCAAGAGAAAGAAAAAUUUGAAUUGCAGCACCAGAAAGAUGUGGAAAAAAUAAACCUUAUUGACCAUGAGAACCAACAAUUAGGUUCUGAGAACAAGAGGCUAGAAAAUAAACUUAAGGAUGCUGUAAAUGAGAAACAAAAUGCUCAGAAGGCAAAUGCCAUUCAGUUACAAAAUGUGGCAGAAAAACAAAACAAUCUGACCAAAGAAAUUCAGAUACUGCAGAUGGAAAAGAAGAAGCUAGAAGAUGACCUAAAAUGUAUACUGAAUGAGAGAAAUAUUGCUAAAGAGUCGGGAAAGUCACAGCUGCAGAAGGACAAGAACAUAGAUAAACUGGAUUGUGAGAACAAAAAAGACGAUCUGAAGGAUGCCAUAAGAGAGAGGCACGGCAUCACUGUUUCUCAGCAAGAGGAGGAUGCAGAUACGCAAAAUGAUCGAAAUAACCAAAUUCAGCUGGUUUCUGAAAACAAGAGGCUUCUAAGUCAGCAUGAAGAUAGCCAAAAAAGGAAAACGCUUCAUGACGAGGCUGGUGCCACUGAGCAACAGAGUGAAGCAGAGAGCAUACAAAUUGUUUUAUGCGAAAAUCAAAAAUUAACUUUUGAGAUCAAGGAACUUGAAGGAAAACUAGAAGAUGCUUUAAAUGAGAAACAAUGCACAUUUGAGGCCGCUGCUUUACAACACCAGAAGGACAUUGAAACCAUAAACCACCUUAGUGAUGAAAAUCAAAAACUUUCUUCUGAAAACAUCAGGUUACAGGAUAAAGUAAAUGACCUGCAGAUACACAGUGAUGAAUUGGCCUGUUUGACUCAAGAAAACAUAGAAUUGCACAUUAAAAAUGACAGCUUAAAGGAAAAACUUGUGGAUUCAUUACAAGGAAAACAACCUGCUGAUGAUCAUGCUUCAUCGCACCAGCAAACAGAUGAAUAUAAUGUGCACCACCUUGUUAUGAAACAAGAUCAGCUGGCAUUUGAAAAAAUGCACCUUAAAGAUAUACAUGAGUGUGUGCCUGGUGACAAAGAGUGCACCUCACAGGCUGCUGUAAUUAUAGAAAAUGAGUCAUCACAAAACUUGCACCUUAUGAACACUGAGGUUCAACAACUGCACUCAGAAAACAAAAUGCUAAAAGAGAAACUUGACAGUACUAAACAUCACUGGCACAAGGCCAAAGAGAAACUGGAUCGCCUGACUCAAGAAAUCCAUCAAUUGGCUUCUGAGAAAAAGAGUCUGCAAAGUGAUCUUAAUGAAGCCAUGCUUGAAAGAAAGUGUACUUCUGAUGCUACUGCCUACCAACAGAAGAACGAUGGGAAAAACAUAAAGGGUUUCACUCAUGAAAUCCAGCAUUUGACAUCCGACAACAAAUGCUUGCUUGAUAAACUAAAAGAUGCUUUUAAUGAAAAGCAGCAAGAAAAUGAAAUGACCGUUUCACUGACAAAGGAGGAUGCAGAUGAAUUGGCCUCUCUGAAUGAUAACAUGAAAAUCCUUAUUUCAGAAAACCAGAGGCUGCAAAGGCAGCACGAGGAAACCCUUAAAGAGAAACAAUUUGACCAAGAGGCUAUUGCCUCACUAUACCAACUAGAUGAUGCUAAAAUGAAUGACUUUGUCUGUGGAAACCAACUACUGGAUUCUGAGAAUAGUCAUCUGAAAGGCAAACUUGAGGUUGCCCUGAAUGAGAAACAACUGGCUAUUGAGGCUAAAAAUCUUCAUCGAAAUAGUGAAGCGGAAAUACAUCAACUUAAGGACAAAAACCAAAAACUAACAUCUGAGAACAGGAGCCUGCAAGCCAACCUUGAAAAUGCAAUGAAAGAGCAACAGUGUAGAAUCAGAAAAGAAUCAGUAGAACUCAAUACUCUGACUGAGGAAAUUAAACACCUGGUUGCUGAGAACAAAAGGCUGCAAUGCAUGCUUAAUGUUGGACAAAAUGAAAGAGAGGCUGCUGGGAAGGGCACUGCAUCUAAUCAGCAAACUGAUAAAGAAAAAAAUAUAAGUCAUGAAAAUAGAAAACUAGUAUAUGAGAACAAAAUUCUUCAAAAUAAUAGCUCCACGAAUGAAAGAGAGAACAGUUUUGAGACAGCACGAUCUGAGCAACAAAUGAACAAAGAACAAUUAGAGGAUUUGAAUAAUAAAAUGCAAAAACUAUCUUUUGAGAAUCAGGCACUAAACAGAAAACUUGAGGAUGUCCUGACAAGAGACCCUACUGACUCACCGCAACAGAAUGAUUCAAGUUCACUUGAUUGUGUUAACCAAAAAUGUCAACAAUUGGCUAAUGAGAACAAAAGGCUAGAAGCUAAACUUGAGAAGUUACUGAAUGAGAGACUGUUACUUCAAAAUGCUUUUGACUUCCACGAGCAAGAAUCUGCAGAGGAACCAUCCGAUAUGAUCUAUGAAAAUCUACUUGCUACUGAAAACAAUAGUAUUCAAGCUAAAAUAGAGGGUGAUAGUCAGCAGGUUAAAGGCCCUUCUGUCUGUCAGCUACAACAUUUCAUAGACAGAAUAAACAACCUUAAUCAUAAACACCAACAACUAGCAACAGAGAACAAAAGGCUGCAUGAAGAACUUAAAGGUGCGCUGCAUAAGCGUGAAUGCGUUGAUGAGUCUAAUACUGAAAAGAAAGCAUUAGUCGAUACACUUCACAAUACCUUGCAAGGCAGAGAGGCAAUCAAAGAGGGCGCAAAUUUAGAACGGGAGGACGUAGAAAACUUACAGAAUCUGAAUGGACAAAUCUUUAAACUGGUGUCUGAGAAUGAGAUGCUGAAAGUUAAACUGAAAGACGUCCUUAAUGAAAAACAGCACGUCUCUGAAGCUGCUGCAAUUCAGCUGGAGACAAAAACUGAUCAAAUAAACCAACUUAUGAAUGAAAAACAGGAACUGGCUUUUGAAAAUAAUGGACUGCGUAUUAAACUUGAUAACGUUGUAGAAAAGUGUUAUAUUACAAAAGAGGCUACAAACCCACGAGAGCAGAACGCCUCAGACCUAGAAAAAACACCUGAACUCAUCAACAAAAUCCAUCAACAGGAAUCUGAAAAUGAGAGUCUGAAAGACAAAAUUGAAAUUAUUUUGAACAAAAACCAAUGUGCUCAAGAUGCUGAUGUUGCCGCUCGGCAGAUAGAAACAGCUAAAAUUAACAAUUUAACACAUGAAAAUCAACAACUAACUUCUGAGAAUGCAAGGUUGCGUAGCAAACUUGAAGAGACAUUAAAUGAGCACCAGAGUAUAGUGGACAAACUUAUUUUUGAAAAUCAACAAUUGUGUUCUCAAAACAAAAGCCUUAGUGAAGAACUUGAGGAGGCCAUAACUGAAAGACAGUAUGCUUACGAGACUGCGUCCUAUCAGCAUCAGACUGAUACAGAUGAAAUAAACUACCUUACCUGUGAAAAUCAACAACUAUCUUCUGAGAACAAGAGGUUGCAAUGUGACCUUGAGGUUGCGCUGAAUGAGAUACAGCAUGCAAAAGAGGCUGCUACCUCUCAGGAAACGAAGGAUUUAGAUAAGGUCGAAAACCUUAAUAAAAAAUACGAAACACUUUUUUCUGAGAACAAGAGUCUACGAAAUAAACUUGAGGCGGUCAUAAAUGAGAAACAAUGUCUUUAUGAGUCUGCUGACUCUCAACAGCAAAAGGAUAAAGAAAAAUUGGACCAUCUGAUGAAGGAAAUGCAACAACUGGUUUCUGAUAAGAAGAGGCUGAAAAAUAAACUUAUUAGUGUCUUGAAAGAAAGACGUUCUACAGAGGCUGUGGAGCCACAGCCGCAAAGAAAUAUAAAAAAACUGGAGAACUUGACGAAAAAAAUUGUACACUUAGUAUCUGAGAAUACAAAGUUACAAGAUCAACUGGAGAAUAUACAACAUCGAAGAGAGCAACAUUUUGAGGUUAACGCCAACAAGCCACAAAAGGAGGUAAAUGAACCAGACCCUCUGACUGUGGAAAACCAACAUUUAGUCAUUGAGAAUAAAAGGUUGAAAAAGAAAAAGAACAACUGGGCUCUGAAAAUAGAAGUCUGCCACCACAAUUGGACGAUGCCCUAA